CCGUGAAGAAAAUCCAACUUAAAAAAUAAUCCCUUUUACCAAACUGAUACAGAGACUUCGGAGAAAGAGAGUAUAGAAAAAUAAAAUUAAAAGAAUUUUUUGUUUCUCUCUCCUCAAAGAUUGAGAGCUAAAAAAAAAAAGAAAAAUUUAUUUCUCAAUUAAAAAAAAAGAAAAGAGGGAGCUUUCUUGUGGAAUUGAAUUGUAGCUGGUUUAACGUAGUAGCACUUGGGUUUUUAAGAUAGACAACGUAACCAAAAACUGUUUCAUGUUUGUCUGUUUUGUGUUGUUCUCUUGGUUGUUUUUGGGUUUUCUCUUCUCUUCUUUGUUUGCGGUGCAUUUUCUAUUUUCUCGGGAAAAUCCUUUGUGGGCUUUUCCGGGAAAGUUUUGUCAGAUUCGGAAAAGAUUAUUAAAAAAUUAAGAGGGAGGAAAAUAGAAGAAAAUCCAGAAGAGCUACCAAACAGAUUUUCUGUUUAUCCUUACAGAUUCUUUUGAUCACAAACCUUUCUCGUUUGAUCAUCUCCAAAUACUCAAUCUUUAGAUUUUCAAUUGGGAUUUUUUUUUUGGGGGUAAAUAGACAUUGAAAGAAAUCCUGUGGGUAGAUUCGGUAUCUGCUUCGACUAUUCUCUUGUUCUUCUUCCAUUUCUGGAAUAUCUUUAGGUACUGCAAACAAAAUCUGGGUUCUUCUUCUUCUUCGUCUGGGAAUUAUCUUAAUUCUCUGGAAAAUUUAUUCACUUUAUCUGGAGAUUCACCAGGAAAUUGAAUCCGAUUCAAUUGGAUCGACGCAAACCGGAUUCAGAAUCGAUUAGCUGGCCGUUGACGAUGACUGGUAUGAAGCCGUCAGCCUCGUUAGAUAGCUGGAGGGAGUAUUUCCGGCGAGGAGAGUCCGAUAUAUUUGGGAUCAUCGAUCACGCGAUCAUGGUGGCUGCUGCAGAUUGCCCAAACAAAUUCAAAUCGAGGAGAGACAGAAUCGCCGAGCUUCUCUUCUCGUGCCGAGUGAGCCGCUGCACCGGAUGCGACCACCUCGAGCUAUCGGUUCCGGGAGACGACGAGGCUAAUCGCGGCCGUGGAACCGCCGGGACAGGGAUCGGUGACGACGGCGAUACGGCGGUUGACGGCGAUGAGGAUUAUGAAGUCGGUGGUAGUAAAGAGAGCAAGGCUAACAGUAGCAGAGGAGAUAACAAUCACAUGGAUGAGACGAAUUUGAACAGCAAUCAGAUUGUUAGCAAUUACACCUACGACGAAGCUGAGGCCUUGAGUGAUGCGAUCGAAGAGUUUUCUGUGAUUUCCAAGGAAGUUGGGAGGAUCAGAGAGAUCUUGCUCAACAAAGAAGACGAGCCACACUCGGUGAUACUCGAAUCCUUAAGGAAGCUUAAGUUGAUGUCUUUGAAUGUGGAUAUUCUAAAGAGUACUGAAAUCGGAAAGGCUGUUAAUGGCCUGAGGAAACAUGCUUCUGAUAAGAUUCGCCAGCUUGCAAAGACUCUGAUCGCAGAGUGGAAGGAGCUGGUUGAUCAGUGGGUGAACACCACAAAGGAAAUCACUGGCGGUGCUGAAGGUACACCGGAGUCUGCGAAUCCCUCUGUCGUCGAUGAAGAAGAAGCGUUCCCAUCGCUUCCAUAUGAUGUCGACAUCUUUACACCGCAACCGGACGUAUUUGAGAUGGGAAACUUCUUUGAUUCCAUGGACUUUGAUGGGAAUCCUCGUAACUCUGGGGAAUACAACACAAGCCGAGAACACGAGAGAAGACCUCAAAAUAUCGCCAAGAGAAGACCCGAGGGAACACAUACGAGAAUACAAGACGCUGCUCCUUUUAGAUCUAUUAAGCCAUCAUCAGCUACUGAUUUUGAUGGGAGUAGGAGACCACCUCUAAGGCAAAAGACAGAACAAAGGAUGAAGAACGAAGUGGUAUCUGUUCACAAGUCUGAAAAACCCAUGAUCCAUAGGAAACCGCUUGUUACAGAACAGAAGCGGAGAGCUCCCGGACCUCAACAAGAGAAACUUAAAGGCCUUGAUGCAGACGCAAAGUUUGAGUUUGCUAAGAGGAAACUUCAAGAGAGCUACCAACAUCAUGAGAAUGCCAAGAAGCAGCGAACAAUACAAGUACUUGAGAUGGUACCAAAGCAAGGCAGUGCUCAGAAACCGCAACUCAAGAGACCUGGUAUGAGCAACAGGAGUUGGGCAAACGGGCGUAAAUAGCUUCUUCUCUGUUUACAUGGUGAAUAACUUUUCGGCAAAAGACGUCGUCACAUAGAUACCACAAAUAUCCGCAAAAUCUCUGGCGAAAUAAGGUGUUGAGACACUAGCUCCCCACAAGCUUGGAGACAGAAACAAGCAGAGGAGAACAGAUUCCACAACUUAACUCUACUUUGAACAAUCUGUUUUCUCCUCUGUUUUGUUCGGUCUGGAUUUCACCAAUUUGCAGCAGAUUGUUACUUUCUGUGUUCUACUACAUUCUUGAGACUUUCGGUACAGUCCCGGUUUAGUUUAAUACGGUUUGAUCGGGUUAUGUUCGGUUUUGGGACGCGGGGAAUCUCGCAUUGAGUAAAGAGAGAGAGAGAGAGAGAGAGAGAGAUGUCCCUUACAUUACACAUAAAAAUAGUAGAAUUGUAAAAGAGGAUAGAAAAGCUCUUUCGAAUUGACCGGCUCUUCACCUAACUUUUGUAUAGUGACGUGAAAUGGUUUGGGACACAAUUGAGAUGAUCCCAAGUUUUUCUCCAUAUAAAUGUGAAUGCGAACUGUUUUUCUUCUUUGGCGUGUUG